CUUUUUCACAUUGUUUCUGGGAAAUUAACGUGUGCGUUUGUCAUCAAAUUCAUAAAAUUUUCAAUAUCUCCAGAAAUUCUUCUGACGAAGUUGAUGUUGCAUGGAUUAAAUCACGUAUUUUCACUGCAGCUCUGGCAAGAUGGGUGCUCCGAGGAGAUGGAUCAAUAAAUUGCUUGGUUUGAAGAAAUCAGAGAAAAUAGCAUCUUCCGAGGAGGAAAAUAUUUCUGGAAAUGCUAGCAAGAUCAACAAACGCAAGCCCUCUGUUGAGCCUGAGAAAGGCAGAUUUGGGAGUGAGUUGAAAGAGAAUGUGGAAACAGAUUUUGAAGAUGCAAACUGGCAGUGGGAGAUGGAGCAUUCCGGUCGGCCUUCCACUUCACAUCAGGAGAAAAAUGCAGCUCGACUCUCAGAGGAUCGGCGCGUGCAGCAAGAUGCAGCUCAGCAGCAACCUCGGGAGGAUUGGAGAGAGGAAUGGAUGGGUGCAUAUGCCAAGGAAGGAAACUUCACAUCAGCUCCGGAUUCACCAAACUCACCCGAGGACCAAACUGCAGCUGAUCAGCUUGAAGAUGAUGGAACAGAAGGAUGGGCAACACCGGAUGUGAGAGACAUGUUCGAGCCAGAUACUGAUCCAGUUAGUCCACAUUCCAGCUCAUCAGAAGUGGAAGAUGCAAACUUCAUGUCAGAUCUCGAUGCAUCUAAUUUCGAGGAGGACCAGAAUAUGCAGGAGGACUGGGCAAACAUAUGUUUCCAAAACGCCGUUAGAGGUUAUGUGGGGCAAAACGAAACUAAAACUCGACUGCGUAUGAAAGAAGAAUGGGCUGCCGUAUGCAUCCAAGCUGUUUAUAGAGGAUUCAGGACUAGGCGAGCCUUUCGUGCUGUAAAAGGACUGACGAGGCUUCAAGCUCUAGUGAAUGGUCAUACUCUGAAAAGGCAAACUUCCAUUGCCCUACGCUGUAUUCAAGCUUUAGUAAAGGUUCAGGCCCAUUCCCGAGCAAAGCAUGCCGGCUCUACAUUAGAGAAUCAAUCAGUACAAAAGAAGCUAAUGCAACAGCUUGAAGUCGAGGCUCCAGCUAAAAAACCUGGAUCUUUACCGUGCACCCAGAAUGGGUGGUGUGACAAGGCUGGCUCUCCUGCUGAAAUCCGAGCAAGGUGGCGGAAAAGGCAGGAGGCUGCUGCUAAGCGCGAAAAAGCAAGAGCAUAUGCUUUGGCUCGUCAGUGGCAGGCCGGGAUAAGGCAGCAGCCGCAGCCGCAGCAACAGCAACAACAGCAGCACAAGGAGGAGCAAGAGGCAACACCUACUGGUGUCCCCACAGUGAAAACUGAGUGGGUCUGGAAAUGGUUGGAGAGGUGGAUGUCUGUUCGCCCAUGGGAAACAAACUUCUUAGAUGACACUAGUCUUAGAAAUGGAAUGAAGAGUCCUACAAGCGAACGGUUUGCUCUAGUGGAUGCACCAACAUCUCCAUUGACAGAGAGAAAGCCAUUGUCAAGUACUGGCAACGGAAAAUCCAUGCCUCGUUUCAACAUCACCAUUGCGAAAAGUCCUUCAGCGAGGAGGUUAGCUGCUGGGCUGGACACUCCCAUCUCACUUGUUUCAAGUAGGAGUCCCAGAACACCUGUAAAAAACUCAGCUCCCUCGAGACCAGGUCUUGGUUCUAGAUCUUUCAGUACUCCUAGAGAGCGUUCCAGCCUUUCGGAUUUUCAAGACAAGAAGCGAUUGUCUCUGCCUGGGCCAGUGCAUGGAGCUAGGCUUCUCGCGCAAACUGCUGUCAACAGCCCCCGGAUUCAAAGUCCUCGUACUCCUCAGAAACCCGGGGGCUCCAGAAGCAACGAUGUCAAGUCCUCAAAGCUCAGCCACUAGCCCGUGUCGACUAACCAGCCUAACUCCUACAUCCACUUUCAUCAGGCACAAAAACACACAUUAUUGGAACGCAAGCCGCCACGAAAAAGGUUCGUUCGUAGCUAAACUGCUAAAGCCUCCAAUGGUUGAAGUUGCGAGGGCUAAGAAUGAAAUGCCUGAACUCAACACCUAUUUUGUACAGUACAUGAUUUGUAACCAAUGCUUCAUUUCAACACUAUUUGUAUUGUACAAUAUAUAAAGUGAUUUUACUUGAUCCUAAA